GACACAUUUCUUGUUUUGGGUGACGGGUUUCGCGCAUGCGCGAUGCUAGCUACAGACAGCUCUUUGAAAUCGUUUGCACGGUUUGAUCCAGUAGCAAGGGUGUGUUGUUGUGGACUGUGUGACAACUUUAUGUCUUACAGAAAUGGCCGGAAUUAAAGCUCUGAUCAGCCUGUCCUUUGGUGGGGCCAUUGGACUCAUGUUCCUGAUGCUAGGAUGUGCCCUUCCAGUGUAUGAUAAAUACUGGCCCUUGUUCCUCCUCUUCUUCUACAUCCUCGCCCCAAUCCCUUACGGCAUCUCCCGGAGAAUUGUUGACGACACAGACUCGGCAAGCAACGCCUGCAAAGAGCUGGCUUUAUUUCUCACAACAGGCAUAGUGGUUUCAGCUUUCGGCCUGCCAAUAAUUUUCGCCAGAGCCGAUGUUAUUGCCUGGGGAGCAUGUGCGCUUGUGUUAACAGGCAAUGUAGUGAUCUUCGCAACCAUUCUGGGAUUCUUCUUGGUCUUCGGAUCAAACGACGACUUUAGUUGGCAGCAGUGGUAAAAUUGGGAGCGUGAGGUGGGGGACUAAGUCUGAACUGUUUAUAUUACUAGAAUUGUUAUUAUUAUUAUUGUCAUUAUGAUUACUAUUAUUGUUGUUUGUUGUAUAUUUAUGACCGCCCAUCCACAGACGCAUUAAACCAGUGCAAUAAUUUGAUUUAACUGUCAUGCGGAACGUCAGACUGACUUCAGGUGGAUGUGCUGACUUUCAUAUGUACUUUUUGUUUGCUCCAUGUUUGAGUCUUCUCCAUUCAUGUACUGUACAGGCUUAUCUUUUGAGAGUCAAAAUCUUUAUAAUGUUGAAAUCAUAAAAGUCCAUCUUAUCUGUAAAAAUGUCAAACUCAAUGUUAACCUGGACUCAGAUCGACCUAUGGGAGGGAUUGGGAUUGUCUGAAAGGUGGAAGCUUUUCCUGUGACAAAGAUAUCUAACUGACAAAUGUUGUUACUCCUUUGGGAUUGACGUUGUACAAUAGCGUGCUGGUCAGUCUUGAGGAAAGUUUCUCCCUCCAAGUGCAGACAGCACAGGAUAUUUUGUAUGGAGUAUGUGUUGUUUUUGAAGAGCAUAUUGAAAGCUGUGAGCUUUAGUCUCUCAGAUUGAAACCUUUCAAUACUAACGUACAUACAGCAUACAUUGAUAUUAUACAAUGCACUGUCACUUAUUGCAGUGAUCAAUUCUAAUGACUCAGCUAUUCAAAUACCUUCAUUUGAUACUGGCCUCUUGUGCUUUGUUGUUUAGCCUAGUGUAGCAUAUUCUGUUCCUUUUGAAAAAUGUCUAGAAAUCAUU